UAGGAGACUACAUACUGUUCGCCUUAAAUCUCGAAUUCGUAAAUAAUCCUUAGAGAAUUCACUGUGAUUUCUCUCUUUCACGCUGUUAUUAUAUUUUUAAGUAAUUUUAGCUGCCACAUUCAAAUCUUUCCUCAUGGGAAGGAGACGACUUUUUCAGUUGAGUGCUCGCCAAAAAAGAAGACUUGUAAAAAGACGAAGUGAAAUUUUUGAGGAAAAUUUAAAUAGUGACCUAGUCCAGGCCGAAGGGGAAAACAUUUAUUUAGAACAAGUGUUCGAAGAACAUCUGGAAGAAAUUGAAGUCGGAAGUAACACGAGUGAAGGAAGUUCAACUGAAACAAUUAGCUCAGAAAGCGAAGAUGCGGUAGCAGCUCACCCUAGGACUCCAAAUUUUCCAGACGAGGGCACAGUUGACGAAGAAAUACAAAAAUCUCUUAAGAACGUCGCAGAUAGAGUUGGGAAGCGUAUGAGGAAGUGACUUAACAUCGCGGCCAAUUUCACUACCAGGGUCAUCUGAUUAUUCAACUUAUGUUUAUUUUAAUGUAAACAGUUAUGUAUAUUACAUGAUAUUUAGAAUAAAUAAAAUAAACUAUAAGCUGGAUUAACUCGAAA